UGGAGGGGAGGACUCGGGAGCGCGACCAGCCGAGGGAUCGAUCGGAUUAAACUCGAUUUGAGUGAAAUUAACACAAAGGAGAGAAGAGCAACGCACAGUAGUCGGCGAGGUCGCGGAUGCGAGAUACGCCGGAGAAAUAAUUCAUGAAAAGCACGAAACUUGAACUUUUUUCCCUCUGUUUAUUUAUAUUUCAAACUGAAAAGGACCACCGUGGAUUUUUUUCAAGCAAGCGGAGAUACUAACCCUACUAACGAGGAGUUGAUUUGAUAAAGAGCCCGAAGUGACCGAGCUUGUUGGAAACCUUCAUGAGGACCAUGGUGGAAAGCUUCAAAUUAGCAGCUAUCUGAUUAGCUUCUCACUGCACAACAAAUCUCCCUCCAUCCAGUCCCCGCCAUCUGUGGGGCCUCCAUCCAGCCAUGGCGGACCCUGGGAUGUUGAGCUUAUUCGGGGACGACCCAGGGCUGUUCUCAGAUGGGUUAGAUGGUUUAGGAGACUGCUUUCCUCAGCAGUCGGUCCCAGGCCAGUCUGCUCCUCUUGCCCAGCAGACAAAUUCCGCUCUGAACCAUGAACACCAGGGAAGCAGGGGAUACCACCAGGGGAUGAUGCAUGGGAGUGGGCCUACCCCAGCACAGCCUAAAUUGGGGCAAAUGUACGACCAUGGCCCGUAUACAGGCUAUGAUCAAGCCGGCACCCCUGGAGGACGAAUGAUGGCUCAGAAUGGCCCCAGCCAGGGUCCCCCAAAUGUGAACACAGCUAUGAAUGGCAUGACCUCCCACUACCACAGUAACCCAGCUAACGCUAGCAACCCUCACCAUGGGUACCAGGGUGAUACUGGAGGAGGAGGUGGGGGAGUUUGGGGCCAGCAGCAGCAGACCAGACCAGCUUAUCCACAGGCUCCAGCACAACCAGGGGCUACUCCCAACCAGAUGGGAAGCUACCAAAUGUCUCAAGGCAAUUAUGGUGGGAUUCAAGGUCCACCCACAUCUAAUGCAGCCCGCAUGAAUCAACACUACCCUCCACAGAGCAUGGCACCCCCUCCUGCUCAGGACACAUCUCACUACUUGGGACAUAACCAGAUGAGACACCCUCAGCCUCAGGCACAAUCCCAAGGCUAUCCCAAUAUGGGACACACAUCCCGAUAUCCACACUCCCCAUCCAGACAGCCGCAGCACCCCCACCACCAACAAGGCAUGGGAGGGUUUGGGGGUACUCAGUACUCUGGCUAUCAGCCCCAGUAUGGUGCCAUAGGACCUGGGAUGGGCCAGGCUCCUAAUACUAAUGUCAGUGCUAAUGCCAGCCAGCCCAUGGGAUCAGGGCAGCUUGGCCAGAGGUUUAACCAGGGAACAGGCCCGGCAGCAGGGCAGCAGGGACAACGAUACCCCCCUGGACCGCCACACCAAGCCCAUCAGACUCAUUCUGCCCCGAUGCAGCAGCAGCAGCAGCAGGCAGGGCAGCAGAGCCAGCCUAUGCACCCCCUAAACCACCCGCAAAAUAUGCCCCAACCCCAAAACCAAGCCCAGUCCCAUCUUGCCCCCCCAGCUCAGGGAACUUACUCCUCUCCUUCAUCCAUGUCCCCAAUGCGGGUUUUGGGAGCCCCGACCCCUCCUCCCGCCCAACAGGGCAGACCUCCUAGCACAGGGCUAGCUGGGCCCCCAGAGGUUGCAGGAUACACAGCAAUGCAUUCUCCACCCAGUGCUAUGGCCCAUCCACAGAGGACUCCACAAACCCCGCUGUCUGCCCCACACCCCCAACACCAGCAACCCCAUAGCAUGGCCCCCAGUGCGGGGCAGAUGUAUCCUGGUAUGGGGCCACAGCGUGGCGCACAAAUGGGACCAAACAGGCCUCAGCUCCAGCAGCAGCAGGGGCACGAAGCCCCCGCAAGCCAGGGCGGAGACCAGCGUCUACUCCAGACCCAGCAGCAGGCCUCUCGAAGUGGGCAGCAUAUGCAGCCGGCACCCAUGAGUUUUCAGGGACCGCCUGUUGGUCAACAUGGAAUCCCGGCUCCAAACCAGGGCCUUGGGCCACCCACUCAGAGCCCUCAGACGCAGCACACACACCUGCCCUCACACCCUCAUCACUUGCAGAGCACGCCCCCUCCCCCCAACCAGGCCUCCCACCCGUGGGCACCUCCACCUUCUGCCUCCCACCCACUCUCCUCACCCCCUCUUACCCCACAGAAAGUGCCUCACAUACAGCAUUCCCCCACGGACCCGUCAGGUGAUGUUUUGAUGGCGGUUCCUGACAGGCCAACAGUUGGUGCCGGUGCCCCCGGUCAGCCUAUCAGCACAGAGAAGCCCAACGACCAGGAGACCAAGCCAAAAAAGAAGAAGAAGAAGAAGAAGGCAAAAGUAGUGGAUGGAGAGGAAGAAGGUACAGGGAAGAAAGCGGGAGGAGGAGGAGAGGAAGACGUAAAGUCUGAAUUUCCAGGAACAGGAAGUGAUGGUGGUGAACACAUUACUGGCACAGAACUUGUAGAGGGAAGUUCACCACCGGUGGAAGAGAAGAAAAAGCGGAAAAAGAAACCAAAGGAGAAGACUGAGGGCAAGGAGCCCAAAGAGCCCAAGACCCCGAAGACGCCCAAAACACCCAAGACCCCCAAAGAGCCCAAGGAGAAGAAGGCCAAGAGCUCCACACCCAAGCCCAAGACUCCCAAGAAAACCAGUAAAAAAGUGGAGUCAGAGGGUGGGGCCAGUGCUGCUAAGAAGGAUUCAAAGAGAAAGAGAGAGUUCUCGGUCAACGAUGAUGCUGAGGUGAAGUCUCCACCUCUGUCUCCACCUGAGGAAGAGGAUGAUGAUGGCGUACAGGAUGUGGCUGAAGCUGAAGGACCAGUUGUAGAGAAGAUCAUGGGCCUGCGCACCUCCAAAAAACAACGGGAGUCGGGGGAGGAAGUGGAGGUGGAGGAGUUCUACGUCAAGUUCAAGGGCUUUUCAUACCUCCACUGUCGCUGGGCUGACCUGGAGGAACUAGAAAAGGACAAGAGGAUACACCAGAAGGUCAAGAGGUUUAAGGCCAAGCAACAACUCAACACCUUUAUAACUGAGAUGGAUGAUGAGCCUUUUAACCCUGACUAUGUGGAGGUGGACCGUGUCCUGGACGUUUCAGAGAGCACAGAUGAAAAUGGAGAGACGGUGACCUUAUAUCUGGUGAAGUGGUGCAGUCUGCCUUACGAAGACUCCACCUGGGAGCUGAAGGCCGACAUCGACCAGUCCAAGAUAGACGAAUUUGAGCGCAUCGGAGCACGCACGCCCAACACUAAGAGAGUGGAUCGGCCUCCUGCAGCUGACUGGAAAAAGCUGGAGGGCUCCAGGGAAUAUAGGAACGGCAACGCACUCAGGGAAUACCAGCUAGAAGGCCUCAACUGGCUAACUUUCAACUGGUACAACUCACGUAACUGUAUCUUGGCUGAUGAGAUGGGUCUGGGGAAGACCAUCCAGUCAAUUACAUUCCUCUAUGAGAUUUACAUGAAGAGCAUUGAAGGGCCGUUUCUGGUCAUCGCUCCGCUCUCCACCAUUCCCAACUGGGAGAGAGAGUUCAGAACCUGGACUGAGCUCAACGUGGUGGUCUACCAUGGCAGUCAGGCCAGCCGGAAGACCAUCCAGGCCUAUGAGAUGUACUACAGAGAUGCACAGGGUAAAAUAAUAAAGGGAGUGUAUCGGUUCCAUGCGGUGAUAACAACUUUCGAGAUGAUUCUGGCUGACUGUCCAGAGCUGCGCAGCAUCCCGUGGCGCUGUGUGGUGAUAGAUGAAGCCCACCGUCUCAAAAACCGAAAUUGCAAACUACUGGAGGGACUCAAAAUGAUGGACAUGGAGCACAAAGUUCUGUUGACAGGAACUCCUCUCCAGAAUACCGUGGAGGAGCUCUUCAGCUUACUGAACUUUCUGGAGCCGGAGAGAUUCCCAUCUGAACAAACGUUCAUGACUGAAUUUGGAGACCUUAAGACUGAAGAACAGGUUCAAAAACUGCAGGGCAUUCUGAAGCCCAUGAUGCUCAGAAGACUGAAGGAGGAUGUGGAAAAGAACCUGGCCCCGAAGGAGGAGACCAUAAUUGAGGUGGAGCUUACCAACAUCCAGAAGAAAUACUAUCGGGCCAUUCUGGAGAAGAACUUCUCUUUCCUGUCCAAAGGAGGGGCUGGAGGGGCUGGAGGCGGAGGAGCCAGUGUCCCCAACCUCCUCAACACCAUGAUGGAAUUGAGGAAAUGCUGCAACCACCCUUACCUCAUUAAUGGAGCGGAAGAAAAAAUCAUUGAGGAGUUCAGGGACUCCCAUAGUUGUGGGGCAGAUAUGCCAGACAUGGCCCUCCAAGCCAUGAUUCAGGCUGCCGGAAAGCUGGUGCUCAUUGACAAGCUGCUUCCCAAACUCAAAGCUGGCGGUCACCGAGUCCUGGUGUUCAGUCAGAUGGUCCGGUGUCUGGACAUCCUGGAGGACUACCUCAUCCAGAAACGAUAUCCAUAUGAACGUAUAGAUGGUAGAGUUCGUGGUAACCUGCGGCAGGCAGCCAUCGACCGCUUCUCUAGACCAGACUCGGAUCGUUUUGUCUUCCUGCUGUGCACGAGAGCUGGAGGACUCGGCAUCAACUUGACUGCAGCAGAUACCUGCAUUAUCUUUGACUCUGACUGGAAUCCCCAGAAUGACCUCCAGGCCCAGGCAAGGUGUCAUCGUAUCGGCCAGUCCAAGUCUGUCAAGAUCUACCGCCUAAUCACCAGGAACAGCUAUGAGAGGGAGAUGUUUGACAAGGCCAGCCUGAAGCUGGGACUUGACAAGGCUGUUCUCCAGAGCAUGAGUGGACGAGAGAAUGCCAACAGCGGGGUCCAGCAGAUGUCAAAGAAAGAAAUCGAGGACCUGCUGAGAAAGGGAGCGUACGGAGCUCUUAUGGACGAGGAAGACGAAGGCUCAAAAUUCUGCGAGGAAGACAUUGACCAGAUCCUCCAGAGACGAACGCACACCAUCACCAUUGAGUCCGAGGGCAAGGGCUCCACUUUUGCUAAGGCUAGUUUUGUUGCGACAGGCAACCGAACAGACAUUUCCCUGGAGGAUCCAGACUUCUGGCAGAAAUGGGCAAAGAAGGCUGAGCUAGACCUGGAUGCCAUCAAUGGACGGAACACGCUGGUUAUCGACACACCCAGAGUGAGGAAGCAGACACGGCACUUCAGCAGCGUCAAAGAGGAAGAGAUGCUGGAGUUCUCAGAGUUGGAGAGCGAUGAAGAUGAGCCCAGCAAACCCUCAUCCAAACCACGGCGGCCCCAAGACAAAACGCAGGGCUACCCUCGAUCGGAGUGCUUCAGAGUGGAGAAGAACCUGCUGGUCUAUGGUUGGGGUAGAUGGAGCGACAUUCUGGCUCACGGCCGCUUCAAGCGCCCGCUGAAGGAGAGCGAUGUGGAAACGAUCUGCAGAGCCCUCCUGGCCUACUGUCUGUUACAUUACCGUGGAGAUGAAAACAUCAAAAGUUUCAUCUGGGACCUGAUCACUCCGAGCGAAGAUGGGACCACAAGGACGCUUACCAACCACUCUGGUCUCUCGACCCCUGUGCCCAGAGGCAGGAAGGGCAAAAAGGGGAAGCCCCAGGCCCCACCUCCACAGACACCGCGUGCUGAUUGGCUGGCUAGCUGUAAUCCUGACCACUUACUGCAAGAGGAUAGCUACAAGAGACACCUGAAGCAUCAUUGUAACAAGGUCCUGCUGAGAGUGAGAAUGCUGUAUUAUCUGCGACAGGAAGUCAUAGGUGACCAGGCUGAGCGCAUCCUGGAAGGUGCAGACUCCAGUGUUUUGGACAUCUGGAUCCCCCAACCGUUUCAUGCUGAGGUGCCGGCUGACUGGUGGGACAGUGAAGCUGACAAAUCCCUGCUCAUCGGCGUCUUCAAACACGGCUAUGAGAAGUACAACUCAAUGCGUGCUGACCCCGCCCUGUGUUUCUUGGAGCGAGUGGGCAUGCCAGACGCCAAAGCCAUUGCUGCUGAGCAGAGGGGCUCUGACAUGAUGGCAGAUGGUGCUGAGGGUGAGGAUGAGGAUCCCGAAUACAAGCCGCUGCGGAUGCCCUUUAAAGACGACAUGGAUGACUUCACCAACUCUCCACUUGAUGACAAAGAUGAGGGUGUAGAGGGAGAGAAUGAAGCAAAAUCAGAUGAAAACAGUCAGAGGGCUCCUGCUUCCAACGAGCGCCUCUACUGGCCAGCAGCCUCAGCUCUGACAGCUCGUCUGCGCCGCCUCAUCACCGCCUACCAGCGCUCCAACCGGAGAGAGCAGCUUCGCCAGGAGGCACUCAACCGACCUGAUGGCCGGCGACGAAGACGCAGGGAGUUCCUGCCUUCAGUUGGUAUGGUUACUGAAACGGGAGGAGCAGCACCUUACAUCCAAGAUGGCGCAGGGAUGUUCAUGGCAGAAGGAAGCCCAUAUUUGGCUAAAGGAAGCGCUUAUUUUGUCAAAGGUGGACAGUUUAUGCCAGAGGCAUCUCCAGUGUUGAACGCCAGCUCCCUGGUGUCUGAGGGAGCAAUGUACUACAAGGAAAGAAGACAGAGAUGGACGCGUCGUGAAGAGGCCGACUUCUAUCGCGUUGUUUCAACCUUUGGAGUCGUUUUUGAUACCAAACGUCAGAAAUUUGAUUGGACGCAGUUCAGAGCCUUUGCUCGACUGGACAAGAAAACCGACGAGAGUUUGGAGAAGUACUACUAUUCAUUCAUCGCCAUGUGUAAACGGGUCUGCAGAAUGCAAAUCAAGACUGAAACCGAACUUCCAGACCCGACUCUGAUCAUUGACCCCAUAACAGAGGAGCGUGCCUCUCGGACCCUCUACCGCAUCGAGCUUCUCCGCCGCAUCCGAGAGCAGGUCCUCCCUCACCCUCUGCUUUCUGAACGCCUCAAGCUCUGUCAGCCUUCCCCAGACCUUCCAGAGUGGUGGGAGUGUGGCCGCCACGACCGGGACCUCCUCCUGGGUGCUUCGAAGCAUGGUGUGAGCCGCACAGAUUAUCACAUCUUGAACGACCCAACCUUGGCCUUCCUGGAGUCCCACCAACGCUUUACCAGCCAGCGAGGAGCCAGCGUUAGCAUAGGAGCCUCAUUAGAGAUCACCAAAGCUGGGAUGGGAGGGACAGAAAGUACCUCUGCUCCGCUCCUAACCCCUGCAGAACUGGCAAGUGCCACAGCUGCUGCCAAAAUCGCUGUCAAUGCAACAAAAGAGGAGGAGGUGGAAGAGAAGGCUGUAAAGAUGGAGGACGAGAAAGCAGAAAUGGUGGUCAAAAUGGAGGAAGGAGAUGCCAACAACAUUCCGUGUGCUAAAACUGAAACUCCCGAUGAACAGAAGGAACACGAGGGAGAGAUCAGAGAAGAUAAAGAUGAGACCGCUGCAUCACAAAGUAAGGAGAUCAAGAAAGAAGAGGAGGUGCAGCCACAGGCAGAAAACGAAGAGCAAGAAGUGCACAAAGAAGAGCAAAGUGGUGAAGAAGAGAAGCUAACCAAUGACCAGGACAAAGACCUGACAGAAGAGAAAAACGGCACACUCGGUGACCAGAAGGACACACUCGCUGAACUCCAACACUCCUCUCCUAAAGCGCAACCAGCUCAAAAGACUGCAGAGGAGGAAGAUGGAGAAGAAAAGGAGAACCCAGAGUCUCCUAAAUCUCCAAAGUCUGCUGACACAGAGAAAAGCCCAGAGGAGGAAGAGGAGGAGAGGCUAGAUGAAGAUGACAAAUCAGAGAAGUCUUCUCAGGCUGAAGUGAGUGCUGCGUCAGAGCAGAAGAACUUUGACGAGGAGAGCAUCGCAUCUCUGAGCACCUCGGCCCGGGAUGAAACCAGAGACGGCUUCUGCCCCGACGACCUGCCUGAAACCUCUGCAUUGCAGGCUUUACAGGACCGAGCCUUUGGCUUCUCAUUCUGGCCUAAGGAUCGAGUGAUGAUCAACAGGAUGGAUAACAUCUGCGAGGCCGUCCUGAAGGGCAAGUGGCCUGUCAACAGACGCCACGUAUUCGACUUCCCUGGCAACCUCCUGCCAGGGCACGGCUCCUCAGCAACAACAGCGGCUGCAGCCAUGGCGACCGAGAGCCCGCUCCAGAGGCGGAGCCUGGCUGAGCUGACAAUGGCCGGCAUCCAUACGCCAUUUAGUGGGAGUGAAGAUAAAACACUAUCACCUCAGGUUCAUGAGGAGACUCUGAGCCUGACGGUGCCUCGACAGAGGAGGAGGAGGAGGAAAAAGAUUGAGAUUGAGGCAGAGAGGGCAGCCAAGAGACGUAACCUGAUGGAAAUGGUGGCACAGCUGAGAGAGAGCCAUGCUGCUGCCGAGUCCCAGAGCCAGGCUAUAGACCUCACCAAGGGUAUGCCCCAUCACCACAAGGCCUCUCCCUCACUGACCAGCUUCUCCAGUGCCCUGGUGACAAACCCCUCCCUCAAGGCGCAGAUGGAUUUGCUUCAGCAAGGCCCAGCGACUGGACACCGAGCUAACGGUUCACUGGAGGCUGACCUGCCUGUCAUUAGGAGGAGGCGUGGCCGCAGGAAAAAUGUGGAGGGUUUGGAGCUGCUGUUCAUGGGCAACAGACGAACAGAAGGGGAUCAUGCAGACGGGCCAAAGGUCUCAGGUGUGGAGGGGCUUCAGGAUGCUUCACGUGUCCACAAACCCCGCAAUGUCUCUGAGCAGAGCCCCAGUGCAAGAUCUCUCGCCUCAGGCAAUCUGGAGGAAGAAGAGACGGCGGUUUCCAACAAAGAGCUCGGCGAAUGGCUGAGGCAGCACCCAACGUACACCAUGGAUAUGCCUGGUUUCACACCAAAGAAUGAGGACUUGCUGCUGUCUCAGUUCUCUAAGCCUAAGCAGAAGCGCCAUCGUUGUCGAAACCCCAACAAGAUAGACAUCAACACACUGACGGGGGAGGAGAGAGUGCCUGUGGUCAACAGAAGGAAUGGACGCAAGAUGGGCGGAGCCAUGGCUCCUCCAAUGAAAGAGCUUCCCAGGUGGUUGCUGGAGAACCCAGAGUUUUCGAUUGCUCCUGAUUGGACAGAUAUUGUCAAACAGUCUGGUUUCCUCCCUGAAGCGAUGUUUGACCGCCUUCUGACCGGCCCUGUAGUCAGAGAGGAGGGCGUCCGCCGUCGGGGGCGUCGCCCCAAAUCUGAGAUCGCCAAGGCAGCCGCUGCUGCGCAGGCAGCUGCUGCAGCUCAGGCUGCACAGGCUUCACUGGCCACGGCUGCUUCAUCAGCAGGAGGCAUCAACCCUUUGCUGUUGAACAGCCUGUUUGGAGGGAUGGACCUGUCUUCUCUCCAGAGCCUUCAGUCUCUCCAGUUGGCUGCAGGUCUGAUGGCCUUCCCUCCCACAGACCCCAAACAGGCCGCUGCCAAUGCCGCCGCCGCCUCCAUGCUGCCUCUCAUGCUGCCCGGCAUGGGAGGCCUUCCCAACAUGGCCACCGCCCUACCCAACAUGUUCAGCCUCGGCGGGCUCUUUGGAGGUAACCUGGCAACAGCCACAGCCGCUGCCCCAGCUGCACCCAACUCCACAGCCACCACCACAGCAGGCAAAACGAACGGAACAGCCGAAGGAGAGGGAGGAGACUGUGGCGAAACGGCAACAACAAAGAGGAAGAGGGAGGGAGAGGAGAGAGACGAAGCAGGAAACCGCAAUGAGGCGGGAGAGGACGAGGAGGCAGCUGAGGGAAACGAGGAAGGAGUGAAGAAGGCAAAGAGGAAGAAGAUGGAGAAAGAGGAUGGGGCAGAGAAAACUGAGGCAUCCCUCAGCGAAGACGCCGUGGCGCCUCAGAUCCCAGCUGCCGAUUCGUCAGCAGAGGCAACCAUCAACGGUGACGCCGCCACCCUGCUAGCUGCGGCGGGCAUGUCUGCUAACACCCUGGCAUUCAACCCCUUUCUUCUCUCCACCAUGGCCCCUGGUCUCCUCUACCCGUCUAUGUUCCUACCUCCAGGCCUUGGAGGGCUCAGCCUACCGGGCUUCCCCACCGCCUCCAACCUUGCUGAACUACAGAGUGCAAUGGCUGGAGCGCUGGGGGGCAGUGCUGGGACUCCAAAUGCCCUAAGAGACCAAGAGAAGGAGGACAAGAAGGCAGAUCUGAAAGCAGCAGCAGAAGAGGAGGAAGAAGAGGAAGAGGAUGAAGAGGGAGGAGGAGAGAGUGACUUAGCUGAGGAGAAGGAGGGGGAGAUGAGAAGUGAGGCUGAUUAUUCAGCUUUAGAGGAUGGAGGGAUGGGCGAGGAGGAGGAAGAGGCGGCGGCAGAGGAAGCAGCAGCAUCUUCACAGAAGGACAAGAGUGACUGAACUAAAACACAAAACUGACUGGCCUUGGACAUUUCUUCACCUCCUCCACCCACCACGUUUACACGCCUCCACCAGAAAUAUCCAAACUAUUAUAAAUCCUUUUUUUUUCCUUUGCAUUGUUGUUGAUGAUUUACUUUCACUUUGUUGUUUUUUUGGCCAGUUAUAUUUCCUAUGCGUCAGAGAGAACGAGGUUUGUGCGUGUUAAGUUAAAUCUUUCUGAUCGAUAGUGUAGUCAGGGAAAAUCCUCACAGCCGCUCGCCGAGUGCUCGGCUGCUCUUCAAAGACUGUUUCUUUUUGUCUGGUUGGCCUGUGUGCGCACACUGUGAACGGUGCACCCACGCUUCCCUCCCACAAUCCCUCAAACAAGACUUCACAAGGGUUCCAGUAGUACUACUAUUAUUAUUAUUAUUAUUGUUAUUAUUAUUAUUAUUAUUGCUGCUUUCAGCUCUCAAAUGUUUUUUUUCUUCGCCUCCUCCUUUUUUCCUUUGUUUUUUCGUCUGGACUGUUUUGUUGUUGUCGGCAGCAUCUCAUCAAAACGAGAAGCAUCCGCUGCCAACACUUUUUCCAGCGUUUAAGGGGUGUACUGCAAAGUUGGAGGAGCCUAAAGCCAGAAACUACACUGUUUUAGGAAGUCGGACACAGAAUAUUCACUCAGUGAGAUUCUUUUAAUUAUUUUGCAUUGGUGUCAAAACCUUAAUGCAGACUUUAUCAUCAUGUUUAAAUUGAUUGGUUUGAGGUUUAUCAUCUCUAAUGUGUAGCCAUCACCUGAGUGGUAGAAUAACUACUUAACUGACUGUACAUUAAGACGGAUCACAUUUUUGAUCACUCACACAGCCUUAAGCAGAAAGGGUCACGGAAGAGUUGAACCGUCUAAUUCAGGGUUUGAGGUUGCUUUGCAGUGCACCCCCGUGAGCUCAAAAGAAAAGGAAAACAGCAUUUCAGCUAACCCGACUGUCUGUCUGACAAAGCUGCUGCAAAAGGAAUUGUGGGUAAUGGAGUUGAGCUGUUCUUACUCAGAGCAGAUUUUAAGUUCUCACAUAUCAGACCAGGUAGAUGUGGAGGAGGAAACAAAACCAGACUGGCCUAAAGGAAGAAGAAGGAAAAAAGAAAAAACUCAGUCUCACACACUGACGUCCACAACACACACACCCAACACAUACUUGAUCAUUAGCUGCACACGCUCUUUCAGGUGUCCACCACUACACGCUCACACACACACACACACACUAACCCCUUUCUCUGUCAUGUGACUGUUUCUGGGAGGACUGUUUCUCUUUGAGUGUACGUGUGUGUGCUUGUGUGCACGCUGAACCAAUACUGUUAAACCCAGUCCCACACUGAAUACCAGUCUCCGGUCUUUCCAUUGCCACAUCUCAAAACCUUCCUCCCGCUUCAAGGCGCCUGGUUUUGGCUCAGGGGGUGACAAGCGGGCUGGGUCUGACACCAAUCAGGUUUUCUGAUUGGUCCACUUCGAGCUGCUUAAUCCAGGCGUCCUCAUUUGGGAGGCUUCUGUAAAUGGAUUUUGGAGAAGUGGUCUACAACGGGAUGCGAUGCUUCAGGUUUAUUCUUUAAAGGGGGGGCAGCAUGUUAUAAAUGCUUUGUUUUUGUUCUCUUCACCUCCUCCCAGUAGUUCCAGACCGAGUGCUGCUCCCUGGCGACCUUCACUUUAAAGACUGUUGCUUUAGUCACACACUGACACCAGGCCUGGCCAACGCAGGACUGAGACACAUUUUUCAGCAGAGUUGGAAAAUUGCAUUUUCUAUAUGAAGUUCAACUCUUCUCACUGAGUAUGUUUGAAAUACUUGAAAAAGCGCGAGCGGUGCUUGAUUUUCCGUUUCCCCCCCUGAGGCCAGUUCAAGUGUCUGAUAUGAAUCAAGUGCUGCGAGUGGUUCAAAUAUUUGAGAGUACAUUCAAAGACACACACACUGUGGCCAGGUCUUGUUUUUUUUGUUUUUGUUUUUAACAUUUGCUCUCACAGCCAGCCCAGCAGAUGCAGAGAGAGGGAAGUGGGUUAGAGGUGAGGGGAACACCUUCCCCAUCAAAGAUCCCCGUUCUCCUCUCUAACGCUGAGACAGCAAUAACCAAGGCAGCUUUUGAAUGUUCCAGCAUCACUCUCCCAACACACACACACACACACACUAUAAAUAACCACAAGUGUCGUAUGAAUAGAAAAACAAAACUAAAACUGUAAAUGAUGACAAAUAAGUACUGCAAUCAAUUUUGUCUCACGCUGUUCCUGUUGAUGCACUGGUGUUAAAGAGUUAAAAUAAUCAGGUACCUUUAUUACUUAGCUACUUUUCUUGAAAAAAAGGACUUUUUGUUACUUUUAGCCAGCAAGCUGAAGAGCAUUACCUCAAUUCUUAUCUAGCCUUGAAGUUUACAGACAUACCAUGUAAAUGUUUUUUCCUCUUUUUUUUGGUGUGUGUCUUUUUUGUUUUUUUUGUUUUUUUUCUUUUGUUUUUUGAGACAUCAUGUAUGAUGAAUUGUAGCUAUGAUGCUUUUAAUAAAAGUGAAUCAUGAUAUUCGCCUAGGA